AUGGCGCGCGUCGAGUCUCGCUUUACCUUUCUUGACGUGCUCUUGGAGGACGAGGAGCGGGGCAAAGACCUUCGUGCCGGGCGUGCUCGCAGUGAGCCGCCGCUUUGCCCGGAGAUUCCGGAGUCGCCGCGCAGCUCUGAGGAGGCCCUGGGGAGUUGCCUGCGCAUCGUGCGCACUCUGCCGACGGUGGGUUUGGGUCAGGUGCCAACAUCCUUGGUGCCGGCCGCGCCCGGGGUGCCCACGCUUCGAGCUCAGGACGAAGCACGGAAAGAAGCGCCGCCAAAGCUGGCGACCUCGGAGGCCUCGGAGGCCUCGGAGGCCUCGGAGGCCCCGGUGCUCAGUGCGGGGAGCCUGGGGCAUCCGGAGCUUUGCCAGCGCCCGUGCCUGCAUGUCGUGGUCGGGAGGCGCUGUGAGGCGGCUGCUGCGUGCAACCAUUGCCACCUUCCGCACGCCCGUGGCCAGAGGAUGGACAAGCGGCAGCGCCGCAUCCUCGAAGAGAUGCCCAAGGCCGACUUCCUCCGCGUGGCCCUCCAGCUGCUCGAGGACAAGGCCCGCACCAUGGAUCUUCGUGGCACGGAGGUCCUCCUCGGCAUCUUGGAAAGCGAGGUGCAUCCUCAGGGCACGCCGGCACCAUCUGGGGCCACUCCAUGCAGCCUGCCGAACGGGAUGAUGCGCUGCUUGCGCGCCAUGGGCUUCCGUAACGUGGCAAGCCUGGCUGCGCGGAAGUGCGCGGAGGGUGCCAAGAUCCGUAUCCGUGAGGUGAUGCAGACCCUGCGGGCGCGUGUGUCUGAGGGGCAGGCUGAUGGAAACUAUUCAGACUCAGAUGAGCCAACAAUACAUCUGCAAGAGCUCGAAAGCAGCGACUCUAAGUGGGAAGCCUUCGUGGGAGGCGUCUCCGCGGACUACAGUGCACUCGUGUGCAGUGAGCAGCCGCUGCUGAGGGUGUCCUUCCGGGCCGUGGCACGCGGGGACGACCUGGUGCAAGGAGGCACCUGCGAGUUCUGCGAGUGCAUGGACCUGGUCUGCAACGGGACCCCGGAAGCUGCCGAGGUGGAGGUGAAGUUCGACCAGGGCCAACUGGGCAUAAACUUCCACACCUGCUUCUUCGAGGAAUCCGCUGCAGCAGUGCCUGCGAUCGAUGGGGCUGCAGAGCGCGUCUGGUCAUCUCUGGACUUAGUUCGGCCUCUAGGCUUCGCGGUGGCGAAGGUCUUCGACGCAUUGCGCGCAUUCCCAGCCUUCACGCUGAACUGCAACGGCAAGAAGGGAGACCUGCCCCACGUCGUCGUGGAGACUCUCACUGAGACCAGCACGUCCUCUCAGGCGGUCCUGGAAGUCACCCCGGAGGGAGCCGUGACCUGCCAGGGUGCUGCGCUGAAGAUCGACCAGCUCGUGGCGCCCAUCGUCAACGAAGGGAUCCAGUCCGCCUCCUUCGUGCUGAAGCCCGAAAGGACGUCCGUGCUCUACAAGCUGACGGAUCUGCGCCGGAGCCUCCUGCUGGAGCAGACCGACUCCAGGCUGGCAGCUGCUUCCCUGGGCGUGGCCAAGGCGCCCGUGGAGCUUCCAAAUUUCCCGGACCUCCUGGCGGGAAGGCUCGCCAAGGACCCGGUGACGAAGCGCACGCAGACGGUGAAGAAGGAGAGCCGGGGCCUACAGAGAAACGUUUCGGCCCCGGAGACCCUGAGCCCUGCUCUCUUCAGCCCCUUGCAGAAAUGUCGGCAUGCGCAGUUCUUCCUGUACUUCUCACGCAAAGACCACUUUCUGAGCAGUCCAGCCAUGGAACCUUUGCUCCUUGCAGCUGUUCCUGAACUGGCAGACCCGGAGUUUCGCACACGUCAGCUCCGGGCCAUGCACGCCUACUCCAACGACACCGUCGACCUCGUAGUCUGCAGCGGUGAGGACGAUCCACCUGCUGCCUUGUCGGUUUCUGGCAUUGUUUUCCCGAGGAACCAGCCCAGACACUUCUGA